UGCCUGCUCCUCUUUGUGAACCAGCUCGAGUGGCAUGCCAAAAACACUACGCCAAUCCCCACGCAGAAGCAUUAUCUGCUAUUUGCGACAUGGGGAGAUUUUAACAGACGAGAUUAAUAUAAUUCUAAAGUAAAAAAUACAAAAUAUACAUUUUACAACAAUACCUAUAUAGCUAAUUGGAAUUGUACUAUAAAGAUUUUUUUGUACAUAUGUUAUUGUCAUAAAAACAAACUGGCUAUUUGAAUUAUUAAUUACUUCAAAUUUUAAAGAGGACAAAUAUGGAAUGUAACAAAAGAAAAAUGUGUUUGAUAGAAGAUUUUUUCACUUUGACUUGUUUAGAUGUAUUUUUUAUAACCUAAAAAAAUUGCGUAACUUUUAAAUUCUAAAUUAUCUGAGUGUUUCAUUACAAAUUUUCAAUAUCUAUGUAAAUUUUAAACUUUAAUAAAAUAUUUAAGUUAAACUCCCCCUCCUCCUUAUAUUCAUAUCUUCGGCUUGGAUCUGUACCUACCUAAAAUGUGCAGCCCUUGUGGCCCUAUGGUAUGCUACAAAUACGAGGACUGUGGUCCGCCGAAAGGAAAAUCCCCUAAUGGAAGUUCGAGGCCGGAGGAGGGCGGUGCGGAAAAAAAGGACGAAAAAGAAAAUCAGUUGAAAAGAACGAAGAGUCGUGAGCUGCGAGGAGGCAUUAUGUAUUAUAGUUGCCACUGUAUAAAGCGUAAUGGGCUUCAACAUGACUGUCGCCGAACGGGGUGCGGAGGUGAACCGUCCUGUUUAGUGUUGCCGGAUCCACUAUGUGCACCGAGUCAACUAGCGCGAGCACGCGGACUCGCUGAUCCAACGCCACUAGCAAUACACAUGCGUGCUCAAGGCGGAGGCGGAACUGAAAGUAUUGUAGAUUCUAAUUCUGAAAAUGGCAAAAGAUUCAUUGUAUGUGAACUGAAGGGUAUAAUGCCAAAUGUUUCAACAGGCGAAAGUGAAGGAAAGUGCUGUAAGUGUCCCAAAUCUUUUGCUGUUCAAAUCGAAAAAUUGACGAUGAAUAGAUCUGGUAGUCACACAUGUAUUUGUAUUAAUAGCAUAACACGGCCUUCAAUAGUUAAUACCAUGUGUCACAGUAAUACUUAGGAUCCAUCAGAUCCAUCAAAUAUGUAAUCUAUGUUUGUAUUUGAUAGAAAAUCGAUUACAACCAUAUUAGAGCGUUUUGCUAAAAAAGAGACGAUAGGAAAUGAUAGUGAGAUAGGACCCCGUGGUCAACCACGAAAAAUUGCAAAGCCAAUCAGCAAUGAAGAUUCUUGCACAAGACCAGGUCGUAUUCUCGCGUCACCACCACUUUGUUUGUAGGAUACUCCUUGUAAAGCGGACUGUUGUCCAUCUGGGAUCCAGUCAGGCCGUAACUCACUUACUGGUGGUAGUUUUAGUAAUACAUCAGGCAAUUCUGUUGUCCUUAAUGGUGGGUUAAUUGGCUCUCAACCUAGAGAGAAAAUGAAAUUAUUGACACCUGAAUGUUGUACAGGUUGUUCCGCGCCUACUGGCGGUGCAGCGACUGCUGAUGGUGGACCGGCAGAAGGCCUUCCAGUACUGGUGAUGAAGCUCUGCUAACCCUUAAGACUGAAUUUUUAGAAAAUUUAAGAAAAAGUGCAACUAAGAUCAUACUGAAAACGAAUUAAAUAUUUUUGUUUUUUU